CUGCACGGUGGCUCACGCCUGUAAUCCCAGCACUUCGGGAGGCCGAGGCGGGCGGAUCACCUGAAGUCAGGAGUUCGAGACCAGCCUGGCCAACACGGCGAAACCCCGUCUCUACUAAAAAUACAAAAAUUAGUCGUGCAUGGUAGCGCGCGCCUGUAGUCCCACCUACUCGGGAGGCUGAGGCACGACAAUCACUUGAACCCGGGACAAUCACUUGAACCCGGGAGGCGGAGGUUGCAGUGAGCCGAGAUCGUGCCACACUGCACUCCAGCCUGGCGACAGAGCAAGACUCCAUCUCAAAAUGAAAAAAAAAAAAAAAAAAAAGGAAGAGAAGUUCAUAGUAUAUUAGUGAUAAGUGCUGUGGUGAAAAAAAAAAAGAGAAGUUCAUAGUAUAUUAGUGAUAAGUUCUGUGGGAGAAGGAAAUAGGAAUGUCCUAAGGCUGAAGGGCUAAAACAGUUUUAUAUAGGAUUGUCGGGUCAGUUAAACUUGACAUUUAAGCAGAAAUUUGGAGAGACUUACUUUUGAACUCGCUGUAAGACUGAGAAAUUACGUAGUCCUUCCUGAAACCACUAAGAGGAAAAAUGUCUGUGACACUGCAUACAGAUGUAGGUGAUAUUAAAAUUGAAGUCUUCUGUGAGAGGACACCCAAAACAUGUGAGAAUUUCUUGGCUCUUUGUGCCAGUAAUUACUACAAUGGCUGUAUAUUUCACAGGAAUAUCAAGGGUUUCAUGGUUCAAACAGGAGAUCCAACAGGAACUGGAAGAGGAGGCAACAGUAUCUGGGGCAAGAAGUUUGAGGAUGAAUACAGUGAAUAUCUUAAGCACAGUGUUAGAGGUGUUGUAUCUAUGGCUAAUAAUGGCCCGAACACCAAUGGAUCUCAGUUCUUCAUCACCUAUGGCAAACAGCCACAUUUGGACAUGAAAUACACCGUAUUUGGGAAGGUAAUAGAUGGUCUGGAAACUCUAGAUGAGUUGGAGAAGUUGCCAGUAAAUGAGAAGACAUACCGACCUCUUAAUGAUGUACACAUUAAGGACAUAACUAUUCAUGCCAACCCAUUUGCUCAGUAGCUAUGACAGGCCUGGACAAAUAACUUGACAAAUUGCUGGAACACACUUACUGUGGUUUACCCGGUUUUAAUUAUGUCAGAGAUUGCGUCAUCCUUCUGCUUGUUUACAACUAUGAUCUUCUAUGAAAUGGUGGUACCAAGGGGCACCCAACAGCUUUUAUCCCCAUUCUUAGAGCAUAUUCUUUAUUAUAACGAUUAUCCAACAUGUUUCUUUAAUUUUAAUACAAAAAAUACAUCAUUUAAUUUUUGUUACAUAUAAACAUUCAUUUUUAAAUGCUAAGCCUCAAGUGCAGGCAUUUUUGAGUGGCCUGAUUACAUAUUCCUACCACAGCAAGUCUGUAUCCUGGAAGUGUUAUUUUAUAAUAAAAUUAAAAAUGUUUUAAAGAAUUAAAUCAUAGGACAAAUUAAUUAAAAUAUUGUGUAAAAUUA